CCAAGACGCCCUCGCUUCUCGUGGUCCGUCUUCUGGUCCUACACAGGCCCUGGCUGGUUCAUGAGCAUGGCCUACCUGGACCCUGGGAACCUCGAGGCGGAUCUCCAGAGUGGGGCCUACACGCGCUACCAGCUGCUCUACGUGGUUCUACUCAGCACCGCGCUGGGGGGGCUCUACCAGGUGCUCGCCGCCCGACUGGGGGCCUGCACCGGCCGCCACUUGGCCCAGCUAUGCCGUUCCGAGUACCCCCCGGCCGUGGCCUUCGGGCUCUGGGUCAUGACGGAGCUGGCCAUCAUCGGCAGCGACAUCCAGGAGGUGCUGGGCUCGGCCGUGGCCUUCGAGCUGCUCUUCGGGCUGCCGCUGUGGCUCGGCUGCCUGCUCACGGGGCUCGACACCUUCACGUUCCUGGCGCUGCACCGAGCCGGGGCCCAGGGCGGCCGCUACCUCGAGAUGUUCUUCCUCUUGCUCAUCGCCACAAUGUGCGUGUGCUUCUUCGCCGACUUCACUAUGAGCGACCCGGACGGGGUGGAGAUCGCCAAGGGGGUGGUGGAGCCUCGACUGGACAAGCAGAACAUCAUGCAGGCGGUGGGGAUGCUGGGGGCAAUCAUUAUGCCUCAUAAUAUCUUCCUGCACUCGGCGCUGGUGCAGGAGCGGCAGAUUGACACCAAGUCGACGAGGAAAGUGAAGGAGGCCAACUUCUACUUCAGUCUGGAGGCGGCGAUGGCGCUGUUCGUGAGCUUUUUGAUCAAUUCGGCGGUCGUUUGUGCGUUUGCCAGCAGUUUCUUCAGUACGCAGUGCUACGAGCUGAGCAGUAAUCCGAUCUCGAGUUUGUAUGGACGGGAUAUCCAGACGUCGUGUAUUCCAGCCAAGGCGGCGCUGAGCUCGGGGAGUGCGAUCUAUGACGCGUUCUCGGGCGAUGUUUGCGUGUUUGGAGGCGUGGAAGGGGUGUUUGGUGGGAACGUGACGACGACUGGGAUCAUGGAUACGGUGAGGAAAUGCACGCCGUGCUAUGUGAAUGGACGCGAAGAUCGAGCUGUUGCUUCUGCGUUUGGCACGGCACCGACGGCUGGUUACUGCCAAGAAAUUGGCCUCGCAGAAGCUGGAGAAGCUGUACGAGAGGCACUGGGAGGGUAUGCCAAGGUGGUGUGGGCCAUUGGCUUACUUGCCUCCGGUCAGGCGUCUACGAUGACGGGCACUUACACUGGUCAGUUCGUCAUGGAAGGCUUUUUGGAUAUCCGGAUUGCCGCCUGGAAGCGAGUGGCGCUGACGCGAUCUGUGGCACUGGUGCCUGCAGUGAUCGUGGCGCUCAUCAGCCAGCACCGGCAGUUCCAGAGCGACCGCUUCAAUGAACUACUCAACGUGCUGCAGAGUGUGCAGCUGCCGUUUGCACUACUCCCGUUGUUGGCGUUCACUACUAGCAAGCGGCUUAUGGGCCCGCUUUUCGUGAACACUAGGUGGAUCGCAGCGCUGCUAGUCGUGGGUACGGCACUGCUCUGCAGCGUCAACUAUACCCUCGUAUACGAUAUCCUCCUCAAGAACCUCCCGGAAAAAAUGUCGUCAUUAGCGUGGAUUGGUCUGGUUAUCAUUGCCGGGCUCUACGUCGCGCUGCUUCUGUACCUGCUGCUUGUCUACCCGUCCGAAACUUCAGUCCAUGUUUUGCUUCCAUCUGAACCUUCAUCAACUGAGGAGCGCAAGCGAGCUGGAAGCGCUGAACAACCCCUGCUUGAAAACGAGGGA